CUCCUCACCGCAUUGCCUUCGAAUCAGAUUUCGCAAAGAAGAAAUUUUCAAUUAUGGAGCACUUCUAUCUCACCCUUCUUCUUCUCUUCGUUUCUCUCAUCACACUCUCUCUCUUCUUCCUCUUUUACAAGCACCGGUCCAUGUUCUCCGGCCCCAACCUUCCGCCGGGCAAGAUUGGUUAUCCGGUCAUCGGAGAGAGCCUCGAGUUUCUGUCCACCGGAUGGAAAGGCCACCCCGAGAAGUUCAUCAUCGACCGCAUGCACAAGUUCUCGUCCCAUAUCUUCAAGACUUCCAUUUUCGGCGAGCCGGCAGCGGUGUUCUGUGGGCCGGCAUGCAACAAGUUCUUGUUCUCCAACGAGAACAAGCACGUGGUUGCGUGGUGGCCGGAAUCCGUGAACAAGGUGUUUCCGACGUCGCUUCAGACGAACUCCAAGGAAGAAGCGUUGAAGAUGAGGAAGCUGCUUCCCCAGUUCCUGAAGCCGGAGGCUCUGCAGCGAUAUAUCGGAAUCAUGGACAGCCUCGCUCAGAGACACUUCGCCUCGGGAUGGGAGAACAAGAAAGAGGUCAUCGUCUUCCCGUUGGCCAAGAGAUACACUUUCUGGCUGGCUUGUCGUAUAUUCUUGAGUAUUGAAGAUCCCAACCACGUGGCGAGGUUCGCCGACCCGUUCCAUCUGUUAGCUUCAGGAAUCAUAUCAAUGCCCAUAGACGUGCCCGGAACGCCAUUCAACAAGGCCAUAAAAGCUUCAAAGUUCAUAAGGAAGGAGCUUUUGGCCAUUAUAAGGCAGCGAAAGGUGGAUUUAGCAGAAGGCAAUGUGUCUGCAACACAAGAUAUACUGUCCCACAUGUUGACGACCAGUGAUGAGAAUGGACAGUUCAUGAGUGAGUUGGACAUUGCUGAUAAGAUUCUUGGACUCUUGAUUGGAGGCCAUGACACCGCUAGUACUGCCUGCACUUUCAUCGUCAAGUUUCUUGCUGAGUUGCCCCACAUCUAUGACCAAGUCUACCAGGAGCAAAUGGAAAUCGCAAAAUCAAAAGGCGCAGGAAAAUUAUUGAAUUGGGAUGACAUUCAAAAGAUGAAAUACUCAUGGAACGUGGCCUGUGAAGUCAUGAGGCUCGCCCCUCCACUCCAAGGUGCUUUCAGGGAAGCCAUCAAUGACUUCAUCUUCAACGGCUUCACCAUUCCAAAGGGCUGGAAGCUGUACUGGAGUGCGAAUUCGACUCACAAGAACGCAGAGUACUUCCCAGAACCCGACAAGUUCGAUCCGACGAGAUUCGAAGGGAACGGUCCAGCGCCAUACACGUUUGUGCCAUUCGGAGGAGGUCCGAGGAUGUGUCCCGGGAAAGAGUACGCUCGUCUGGAAAUUCUGGUGUUCAUGCACAACUUAGUGAAGAGGUUCAAGUGGCAAAAGUUGCUUCCCCACGAGAAGAUUAUUGUGGAUCCCAUGCCUGUUCCUGCCAAGGGCCUGCCAGUUCGCCUCAUUCCUCACCAAGCUUGAAAAACGAAGAUGUAUUUCUGUUUCAAUAUACUAGCUUUUUUCCCUCUUUCUUGUUAAAGAUAUUUCGUUUCCCUUCAAUCUGACAAUCUUGUGAUUUGUUCGUUCGUGCUCGUGGGAGUUGUAAAAGUUGCCCCGCUGGGAACUGUAUUCCCAAUAAUUUCAAAAAUGAAACAGCAGAAUAUAAUGUAAUUGUUACGAUGAGUGCACUCCAAAACAGCCAGGAUCAGAAGGAACGGGAAAGCAAUUUCUAUGCGUUUGUCCUUUCUGACUGAAUUAUAUAUACUAUCAUUUGGGGAUGUUUGUUCCUCUGAGAAUCACCAUUGUACUGUCUGCGGGCAGUUAAUAUAAUAAUAUUCAGAGGAUAUUUGUGAA